AUGGCCCCCAAGAAACACCUCGUCCUCGACGUCGUCGGCACCUGCGUCUCCUUCACCGCCUUCUACGCCCAAAUCGCGCGCACCCUCGGCCCCCGCCUCCUCGCCCACAACAUCUCCCCCGCCCACUUCGGCUACACCUGGAAAGAGGCCGCCGAGCUCGAGUUCUACCUCCUGCUGCAGUCCGAGCGCGGCCUCCCCUACCCGCGCGUCCUCGCCGCCGUCUUCGCCCGCACCCUCGUCAUGGCCGGCGUGCCCGCCGGCCCGGUGCGCGCCGGCGCCUUCGCCAGUCGCGAGGAGAGGGACGUGUGCGUGCGGGCCUACACGGACGGGCUGGAGCUGCGGGACGGGUGCCGGGAGAUGGUGGAGCGGCUGCGGGGGGAGGGCUGGCUGGUGUGGUGCUUGACGAGUGGGGAGAAGGGGAGGGUGAAGGGGUAUUUUGAGAAGGGGGGGUUGGUGAUGGAGGAGGAGAGGAUCGUGAGUUGUGCGGAGCUGGGCGAGAGGAUGGGGACGGGGCAGGGCGCGCUGUACAAGCCGUGUUUGGCCGCGUACCGGGCGGUGUUGGGCUUGUUUGCGGAGGAGGACGAGAAGUGGUUUGGGGCGGCGCAUAUGUGGGAUGUGUCGGCGGCGGUGAAGGCUGGCUUUCGAGGCGCCUACUGCUCCAUCUACGACCAGGAUCCCUGCGCAGAGAUCUUCGAUACCGAGACGAUGGACGUGAUGGCCGAGACCCUGCCCGAGAUGGCCGACAAGAUGAUCGCGCUCACCUCGCCGUAG